GCCGAAGCUGCCUUCUUCGCCAACCUGAAACUGUCUGAUUUCAACAUCAUUGACACCCUUGGAGUCGGAGGGUUUGGACGAGUUGAGCUGGUCCAGUUGAAAAGUGAAGAAUCGAAAACGUUUGCCAUGAAAAUACUGAAGAAACGUCACAUAGUGGACACGAGGCAGCAGGAGCACAUCCGCUCGGAGAAGCAGAUCAUGCAGAGCGCCCACUCGGACUUCAUCGUGAGGCUCUACAGGACGUUCAAGGACAGCAAGUACCUGUACAUGCUGAUGGAAGCCUGUCUAGGUGGAGAGCUCUGGACAAUUCUCAGGGACAGAGGUUCAUUUGAGGAUUCGACGACCAGGUUUUACACGGCGUGCGUGGUCGAAGCUUUCGCCUAUUUGCAUUCCAAAGGGAUCAUUUAUAGGGACCUCAAGCCAGAAAACCUCAUUCUGGAUCAUCGAGGUUACGCCAAACUGGUCGAUUUUGGCUUUGCAAAGAAAAUAGGAUUUGGAAAGAAAACAUGGACUUUUUGUGGAACCCCGGAGUACGUAGCCCCCGAGAUCAUCCUGAACAAAGGUCACGACAUUUCGGCAGACUACUGGUCACUGGGAAUCUUAAUGUAUGAACUCCUGACUGGCAGUCCCCCUUUCUCAGGCCCAGACCCCAUGAAGACCUAUAACAUCAUAUUAAGGGGAAUAGACAUGAUUGAAUUUCCAAAGAAGAUUGCCAAAAAUGCUGCUAAUUUAAUUAAAAAACUAUGCAGGGACAAUCCAUCGGAAAGAUUAGGGAACUUGAAAAACGGAGUGAAAGAUAUCCAAAAGCACAAAUGGUUUGAAGGCUUUAACUGGGAAGGGUUACGAAAAGGAACACUGACACCUCCUAUAAUACCAAGUGUUGCAUCUCCAACAGACACAAGCAAUUUUGACAGCUUCCCGGAGGACAGUGAUGAACCACCCCCUGACGACAACUCAGGAUGGGACAUAGAUUUUUAAUGUAUUUCUCUUACCUGCUUCUGCCUUGCUGAAGACAGCUUCCUGGGACGUGGCUGCCAGCGAAACCGAAAGAAUUGGGGAGGAUCAGUGCUCGGGGUCACCAUGAUGCCUUGAUUGAUGCUGCUACAGUAACUACAGUGGCAUUAGGACUUAUUGCUUAGAUGACAAUAGUGCUCUUCAUGUUUUACGUUCGAACUUAAAAUAGCAGUUGACAUGGUGGUCCUGACGCAAAGCCUUUCACCAGUAAAGAAAUAUGUUUUCUAUCACUGCGACGAUCUUGCUACGCUCUUAAUUAUAAAAGUCG